GGUGCGUUUACGCCUUGUCUGAUUUUUCCCAGCAGGUGCGGUAUAAUCCUACUACUUCUACUGUGAAAAUUCCAGUUCAUUGUUUGUUGGCCUCACAACAUAACGACGUCCGCGUGUACUUAAGUAAAUUUUCCAUCUUCGACGUAGCUCCAGCACCGAUAUUUUAGAUGAGUAGUAAUUUCUGCAAGUAGUCGUGUAACUACGGUAUUCAGUAUGCCACCUUGUGCAGCCUGUGGUGCGGAUCCUGCCGCUGCAUCGUUUAGGUGUGCUGAGUGCCUCACAGCUGACGGAGCCCCACUGGUUUUUAGCAUUUGUGACCGAGAAUGCCAGAAAGUUUUUUGGCGGGCACACAAGGCUACCCACAGAGCAGCUCACGCAUCGGUGAACAAUAGUGCGGGAUUUGGAAGUAGCGGAUCUUCAUCAUGCGGAGGAGAAGCAACAAGUAAAAUUCAUGGAAUGAACAAUCCAGGCACGACGUUUGGUAUGCCUGGAAGAGGUGAUUGGAGCAGAGGUCUCACCGCCAAGGAAGUCCCUGAGUGGUUUGUGGAUUGCUACCGGAUGCGCGUCGACGAUGACUACGCAUGGGGUGGAGGAAACUUGCACGGUCUCUACGCAUCACACGACUGCGAAGACACCGAUGAGAUGGUCAUGGAGAUUCUCAGGGACUUUCUGAUCUUUAUGAAACUCGCAGUUUUGAGAGGUGUGAUUCCCGCUGCUGGCUUUGAUUUUCGUGCUUGCGUUGCAGAACAUGGAGGAAAGCUGCUGAGAUAUGCAUUUGAGAAAUCAGAUGCACAAGAAAAGUGGGGUGGAGAGAACGUGUUUCAGUCGAUCAUAGCUGGCGGGCGACCAAGCUUGAGGGUGGUCGCAGAACAGGUGUACGGAUCUAGUUGCAUGUACGGUGGCGGCGGAGGCUUCAUGGGUAGUGAAAGUUAGAAGAUGUAAGUAGAUUUUUUGUUGCGUAUGAUUCGCCCACGGCGUUCUGUAUGUAUCAUCUGUUGUCCACAUCGAUUUUAUUUGAUGAAGAUGUGAUAUUAUUUGAAUUUGAUAUAAUUGUUGAGUUCUUUCUUUUUUCUUUUUGAUCAUCAUGAACAAUAAGUUUUGAAUCAAAGUAACUAUAUCGUAACUACAGGUGAAGAUGAAGCUAUCGGGGAUGAUGCUGUCGAACAAGUCGAAACGCUCAUCGACAAUGCUGGCUUGCUCAUGCGAGGCGUGAAUGAUUGUGACCCUGCUGUGUUUCAAGAGGUUGGUGGCCGUGAUACAUGGCUCGAACUCUACAACGAACUUCUUCAACAAAUGUAACUCUCCAAUCGCUAUUACCCUGAAAGUGAGGCUCCUGGGACUCAUGUACAUCACACCUUCGACGCCGACUAGAUUAAAGAUGAUGUAUGUGAAUGAUGAUCCUGGUGCAGCAUGUUGAGCAUUUCCGGGUGAAGUGCUUAUGGCGUGUCGAUCCUUGGCCAAAACCCAAAUCGCCCUGAUGAUCAUGUAUCUGAAAUUCCCAAAGAUAGAUGAUUAUCAGUACAGCUCGCUGUACUCUUAGUGCUGUGCACUCUCCAUUCAAACAGUACGCGACAUUCCAAAUGGACGAUGAAAAUCAUAUAUUUGGCAGUGCAAGAAGUAGUACCAGUUCCCAACUGUGCGUGGUGCGGACUACGACUACAAAUUUUACACGAACGCAUCUUCUGUUGUGCGUGCUGUGUCAGAGACGAUGGUAACGAAUGAAAAAAAUCAGAGAUGAGC